CUUAAACCCUAGACUCAUCCUCCGUCUCAGUCCCUUCAAUACAAAACGCCACCGCUGACUGAAAAACCCUACUCUCUCUCUCUCUCUCUCCCUCCCUCCCUCUCUCCCUCUCACAGACACACACACUCUUCCCCUGCUGUAUAUCCAAUCGGGACAAAGAAGCAAACAUGCUUGCGCUUUUUGAAACCCCAGCGGGUUUUGCCCUCUUCAAAGUUUUGGACGAAGGCAAACUCUCCAAAGUUGAGGACUUGUGGAAGGAGUUCUCCACUGCUGAUUCCGCAAGAAAGAUUGUAAAGCUAAAAGCUUUCUCGAAGUUUGAGAAUACCUCGGAGGCAUUGUCAGCAGCAACCUUGUUGAUUGAUAGCAAGCCGAGCAAAGGUCUCCGCAAGUUCUUACGUGCUCAUUGCGAAGGUGAAGCUUUAGCUGUGGCUGAUUCGAAACUCGGAAAUGCAAUCAAGGAGAAGCUGCAAAUUGACUGUGUUCACAACAAUGCUGUUAUGGAAUUGAUGAGAGGUGUGAGAAGUCAAUUGUCUGAACUCAUUUCUGGUCUAGCUGCACAAGAUUUGAGUCCAAUGAGCUUGGGUCUGUCCCACAGCCUGUCUAGAUACAAGCUAAAGUUCAGCCCUGAUAAGGUGGACACAAUGAUCAUUCAGGCUAUCGGCCUUUUGGAUGAUAUUGAUAAGGAGCUAAACACUUAUGCAAUGAGAGUUCGAGAGUGGUAUGGUUGGCAUUUUCCUGAGCUGGCAAAGAUUGUACAAGACAACAUACUGUAUGCGAAGGCAGCAAAAUUGAUGGGUGACCGUUCAAAUGCUGCGAAGCUUGAUUUUUCUGAGAUACUCCCCGAAGAAGUUGAAACAGAGCUUAAAGAAGCUGCCUUGAUAUCCAUGGGAACUGAAAUUAGUGACCUGGAUUUGAUGAACAUAAAAGAUCUGUGCAACCAAGUUCUUUCUUUUGCCGAGUACAGAGCUCAACUGUAUGAUUAUCUAAAGAGCAGGAUGAACACUAUUGCCCCAAAUCUUACUGCUCUUGUUGGAGAACUCGUUGGUGCUCGCCUUAUUGCCCAUGGAGGUAGCUUGCUCAAUCUUGCUAAGCAACCAGGAAGCACAGUGCAGAUACUUGGUGCAGAGAAAGCUCUGUUCAGAGCUCUUAAGACAAAGCAUGCAACUCCUAAAUAUGGUCUUAUAUACCAUGCAUCUCUGAUUGGUCAGGCAGCACCAAAGCACAAGGGUAAAAUAUCAAGAUCUCUUGCCGCUAAAACUGCGUUGGCAAUUAGAUAUGAUGCUCUAGGAGAUAACCCGGACAAUACAAUGGGAUUGGAGAAUCGGUUAAAGCUUGAAGCACGAUUGAGGAGUUUAGAAGGCAGAGAAUUGAAUCGUGCUGCUGGUUCUGCUAAAGGCAAACCAAAGAUUGAAGUUUAUGACAAGGAUCGAAAGACGGGUGCAGGGGGACUGAUAACCCCUGGGAAGACUUACAAUCCUGCGGCUGAUGCUGUUCUUGGACCAACUGAGUUAUCAUCAGAGAGAGAGAAAAAUGAGCAGGAAAAAAAGAGGAAGGAUGAAGAAGCAGGUGAUGACACUCCUAUGAAUGGUGUGGAGAAGAAAAAGAAGAAGAAGAAGAAGGGGACUGAUAUAGAGGAUACUCAUGCUGCAGAAGAUGGUGUUGCUGGACCUGAAAGUGAAGUGGUUGGAAAGAAGGAAAAGAAGAAAAAGAAGAAACAUGCUGCUGAAGAUGCUGAGCUACAGAAUGAAAAUAUUGAAGCGGGAGAGAAGAAGAAAAAGAAGAGAAAGCACCCUGAAGCAGAUGAAGAAGUCGAAGCUCCCAGUGAAAAGAAGGAGAAAAAGAAGAAGAAGAAGAAACACGAUGCAUGAGAAUUACCCGAUAGCGAAUAGAACGGUGCAGUUUUGGGAUGUUCUGUGUUGUUUAGGUGGUGUUUUAACCUGUAAAAUUAUGCUCCAUGGCUCACCGUAGCCUGCCUUUCAAACUUGUGUCGAUAUAUUUUCCAGUCCAAGUUAGGAAUGAUUAUCAAUUCAAGUCAUUAUCUCUUUAAUACAUGUGAUUUCUAUACUA